AUGUCACUGCUAAAAAGGUCCAUCAAUAUACUGCAGGUGCCGACAGAGCCCGGUCUGACGACGGCAGAGUUGAUGUUAACAAAUGAAGAUCUAAGGCCAGUCGAGCCAGAGCGCCGCCAAUGGAGAUGGCUGAACUUCGUAGCUUUCUGGAUUGCAGAUUCGUUGAAUGUUAAUACGUGGAUGAUCACCUCGUCCAUGAUUGUGGAUGGACUAUCCUGGUGGCAGGCCUGGCUCUGCGUCUGGAUCGGUUAUACAAUAUCGGGCAUCUUUGUGAUUGCCAUGGGCCGCAUUGCAACCAUCUACCACAUUCCAUUCGCAGUAGCCAACCGAGCAUCCUUUGGCAUAUGGGGCUCCUUCUGGCCGAUUCUAAAUCGCGCGGCCAUGGCUGUAAUUUGGUAUGGCGUUCAGAUGAUGACGAAUUCUGGGUUAGGGCAGUGUGUGACUCUGAUGAUCCAGGCCAUUUGGCCCAGCUACGUGAAUAUCCCCAAUAAUAUCCCCGCCAGUUCAGGCGUAACCACCAUGGAGUUCACCAGCUUCUUUCUGUUCUGGCUGGGGUCGCUGCCAGCUCUUUGGUUUCCUAUCUAUAAGAUCCGACAUCUCUUCACGGCGAAAGCUUACUUUUCACCCGCCUGCGCGAUUGCUUUCUUCGUCUGGGCGAUUGUCCGCGCUCAUGGACUGGGUCCUAUCAUCCAUCAGCCCAAUACUGCACAAGGAAGUACAUUGGCAUGGGCGUUUGUGAAGAGCAUUAUGAACUGCAUUGCUAAUUUCGCUGCUUUAAUCAUCAAUAAUCCUGACUUUAGCCGAUACGCAGCCAAGCCAAACGAUGCGGUAUGGCCACAACUGAUCACGAUUCCGGUAGGCUUUGCUGUAACCUCGUUUAUCGGAAUCAUGGUUACUUCAUCCUCGUCGGUGAUCUUCGGCCAAGCGGUCUGGAACCCUCUCACUCUGCUAGGAAUGUUCUUGGAGGAUGCCAGUUCGGCGGAACGGUUCGGCGUGUUCGUUAUUGCCGCUGGCUUUGCAUUGGCUCAGCUGGGAACAAAUAUUGCAGCCAACUCCGUAUCCGCUGGAACCAAUCUCUCGGCCUUACUCCCUAGGUUUUGCACCAUCCGCCGAGGAGCCUAUGUGUGUGCAGCUAUUGGCCUCGCGAUGUGCCCGUGGAACCUGGUAGCUUCCUCCAACAAAUUCACGGUGUACCUGUCAUCCUAUUCGGUAUUCCUAUCUUCGAUCGCCGGGGUCAUGAUCAGCGACUACUACCUGGUCCGUCGAGGCUACCUCGAACUCCAAGCUCUCUAUAGUGCAGAAAGAAACGGCCCGUAUUAUGGAACCUGGGGUGUCUCCUGGAGGGGCUAUACGGCCUACAUAUGCGGCAUCCUAAUCAACAUCGUUGGGUUUGCUGGCGCCGUUGGUGCAAAGGUACCGGUGGCCGCGGAAUACAUCUACAACAUCAAUUAUCUGUCAGGAUUCCUGGUGGCUGCUGCGAUAUAUUGGGCCUUGGCCAAGGCGUUCCCCAUUCCAUGCACCAGUGAGACAUGGAACGAGGUGCCAUAUUUAGGAGAGGCUAUGCAUGCUGAUGGAAAGGUUAUCGCAGAGGCGACAGAGGUGGAGGAUGCAAAAGCAAAAGUGUAG